AUGGACCCUUCCUGGGGUAGGAGUGAGGAGCAAGAGGAUGAGUCUGAUGCAGAUUUCAAAGGGGGGGAGGAAGAACUAGAGAAUGAGGAGUUGGAGGUCGAGACCCCACUGUCAGCCAACUUUCGCUCUGGUGGCAGGAAUGUGAAGGAGGAGGAUGAGCUUGAUGCAGAUUUCAAUGUGGUUGAGGAGGAAGUUGAGGAUCAGGAAGAGGAUGACGAGCUGGACAUCGAGACUCCAGAGUCAGUUAAGUAUCGCUCUGGUGGCAGGAAUGUGAAGGAGGAGGAUGAGCUUGAUGCAGAUUUCAAUGUGGCUGAGGAGGAAGUUGAGGAUCAGGAAGAGGAUGAAGAGCUGGAGAUCGAGACGCCAGAGUCAGUCAAGUAUCAGUCCGGUGGCAGGAAUGUGAAGGAGGAGGAUGAGCUUGAUGCAGAUUUCAAUGGGGCGGUGGACGAAGUUGAGGAUCAGGAAGAGGAUGAGGAGUUGGAGACCGAGACGCUACAGCCGAGGAACCUGUCCGAGGCUCGUGGCAAGGGCAGGAAGGUGAAGUCAACACGCUCUAGCCGGCAGAGGCAUGAGGAUGAUGAUGAUUACGAGGAAGAGAUCGAGGAUGAGGAUGAAGACUUUGAUCCGGAGGUGGACGAAGAUGAGGAGGAUGAGGAGGAAGAUGUUGAAGAAGAAGAUGAUGAUUUGGGGGAUUAUGCCCCAACUCGUGCCACAAAUGUUAGACCUAGGAACCACUUGGCCAAGCGGAAGCCAGCGGCUGGGCGCCAACACCGUAAGAGGAAGAGUAGUUCCAAGGGAAAGACAAGGAAUGGCACGUCAGCACGUCGGCGUAGGAGCAAGCGGCGGGUGGCUGACGACUAUGAAGACGAUGAGGAGGAAGAGGAUGAUGAUGAUUUUGUUGUCAAGGACGACGUGGAGGAAGAGGUCAAUUACCGGCCAAGGAAGAAGGCCAAGGCUGGGAGGAAGACGAGGGAAGGUACUGCAGAGCCAGUUGCUGUGGGAGAAGCAUGGCCAUCAGUCGAAUCUGACACAUCAGAAUUUGAGUUUGUGACAUCUGACGAGGAUCAUGCUGAGAAGGAAACACCAGUUGCUGAGCCUGCGAGGAUCAAGAGAAAGAAGGGUAGGAGGAAGAGGGGUUCUGAAUCAGACUCGUCUUCAGACUCUGAUUAUGUCAUAUCGGAGGAGGAACUUAAGGAUUUGGGGGUGCCUAGGCCCCAAGAGAUCGUGCCACAGCUGCCUUCGCCCCCAGCACGAAGGACCAUUGCUCCUAGGAGGGUAGACGAGAAGGGAAAAGAGCCAGAGGAGGCUUUGAAACAGAUAUGUGGUAUCUGCCUCUCAGAGGAGCAGAGAGCUACAAUACAGGGUGUGCUUAAUUGCUGCUCACACUACUUCUGCUUCGCGUGCAUCCUUGAGUGGUCAAAGGUGGAGUCGAGGUGUCCACUGUGUAAACGGCGUUUCAACACAAUUACCAAGUCAUCAGUGGCAGAUCUAGGAUUGGGGUUGAGGAAUGCUCCUGUUAGGGUAGAAAAGCGCGAUCAGGUAUACCAGCCCACUGAAGAUGAAAUGAGGCGAUGGUUGGACCCAUACGAAAAUGUUGUAUGUAUAGAGUGCAAUCAAGGCGGUGAUGACAAUCUCAUGUUGCUAUGUGAUAUAUGUGAUUCCUCUGCACAUACUUUCUGUGUUGGUCUGGGAAGAGAAGUACCAGAAGGCAACUGGUACUGUGGUGGGUGUAGAUCCAGUGUGGAAGGGCCUUCUCAUGCACAAACACAGGAUAGGGUGGUUCACCGUGGAGAUAGUAACAUGAACACCGCCGAUAGCAGUUCUGGUUCGUUGGGCAGAUCUACAUCAAGUGGAGUGUUCCAGAGACCACCACCAAUAAACGUUCAGCCUUCUUUGCAAGGAUUUGAUCUAAAUCUCUCUCCAAUAGAAACACCUGAGGAAGAUAAGCGAGCCGAGUCACAUCUCUCAGCUGAACCUGUAUCAACUCCUACUGGGAGGCAUGCAACUCUUGAUAGAAGGCGUGCCUUGAACCGACGCAUUCGUAUUCUUCUAUUUAGACCUAGGACUGCAACUAAUGCUUGGCAGAAUAGCAUUCAGCAAGACAGAAGCGCACCAGCAACAGAACAAAAUCAACGGAACGCCUGCACCUCUACAGAUGUGAGCCCAUCAUGUUCCAGGGCUGAUUUUAUGCAGAGCCAGCAGAGUAGCUCACAUUUUGUACAGUCUGCAAGUAAUCUUAAUCAAUGCACUGAUGAGGGUGGAAGCAAUUUCCGAGAAGUUGCAAAUGCCAAGGACCAGCUGAUUCCUAUUGUCAAGAAGAGCAUCAAGCACAUUUGUGCCCGGUCCCCAUUGGAUCAAUCCUCUUUCACGAAUGUAGCACGGCGGGCGACACACACUAUCUUAGCGUUGUCUGGUAUUGCGCACAACAAGGAUAGGGUUGUUUCUACACCUUUUCCUUUUCCUAGCCAUUGUUGCCACGCCUGUGAUGGCCGAGAGCCAGCGUUUCUCAUGAGAACCAUCUGCUCGUCAUGCUUCAACUCAUUCGUUGGUGAUGUCGUCAGUCACAUCGCUAAUAUGUUUUCUUGA